AUGAAUUAUAGUCAUGAAGAAGAGAAGCAGGAAGACAUUUUUAUGAAAUUCUUCAAGGACAAAGUUGCACUGUUUCUUUCUUAUUCGUCUUGUAAAAUUAUUAUAUUACUUGUCUAUGUCAUUAGUUUAUCAUUAGGUAUAUGGGGUGUCAUUUCUUUGAACGAAGGUCUCGAUGUUUUUGGUUUUUAUCCCGAAAAUUCCAAGAUCACUCGAGCAUUUCGAGUAUAUUAUAAAUAUUUUACUGAAUAUCCAUUUAGUAUUCACAUAGUGAUUAACAAAACUUUGGAUUAUUCAAACGAAGUCGUUCAGAAAUCAUUAGACGACAUGAUUAAAAAGUUCCAGUCUCAUCCGAACGUGGCAGAUAUGGACAUAUCUUGGUUGAAGUAUUAUAAAGACUUUCAACAACAUACAGCAGCGAAAUAUUCUUUUAUGGGAUACGAUUUAUCCACUAAACAAGAUUUCAUCGAUGGUUUACGGCAGGUGUUUCUGAAAUUUCCAGGAGCCAAACAUUACCAGAAUGAUAUCGUAUUUAAUCAUAAUUAUACGGAUAUUAUUUGUAGUCGUUUCUUUCUUUUAGCAAGAAAUGUUUCGGAUAGAACCACGGAGUCGAAAUUAAUCAAAGAUAUACGAAAGAUGGCGGAGGAAUUUCCUUUCUCCGUUCUUAUUCACACCAUGAUAUCUCCAUUCGUUGAGCAAAGUAUCAUUAUUAGAGAAGUGGUCUUUCAUUUUUUUUGGAUAACGUCGUUAAUUAAUCUUGUAAUUUUUGUUUCUUUUAAUCCAAAUAUUUUGUAUUCGGUUGUCGUUGCUCUGUGCAUUUCGUCUAUUACGAUACAAACUCUGGGUUAUAUGUCGUUAUGGGGUGUGGACUUAGACAUCGCUUCCAUGUUCUGCUUAGUAAUUUCUAUGGGGUUUUGUGUUAAUUAUCCUACUCACAUAUGUUAUUCUUUUCUCACUUCGUCAGAUAAAACCAUAAGAGGAAAAUUGCAGCAUAGUUUAUAUAAUGUGGGAUUUCCGAUAUUUCAGGGCGCAUUCUCAACCGGAAUAGGUGUGUUGAUUGUUUUGCAGAAAACUAUGAUUUUGAAUAAAGCAUUUGUUAAAAUACUUGUUAUAAUUGCGGUGCAAACUGCAUUUCAUGCUUUAUUGUUAAUUCCUGUCGUAUUUUCCAUCAUCUGGUUUGGUCUUGAUAUGUAUAAAGCAAGAAGAAAAGAAUAUAUUGCAUAA